AUGAUUUGUUUUUGUGAGCCAAAUGAUUUGACAAUUUAUAACAAGUUAUUGGGGGAAAUACGACAAUCUGGCAUUGAGGAAACAGACUUAUGGCAGUUGUGGCAUGGGGACAGCCAUGUAAUUGCAGAUGAUAAGAAAAAGAAGAAAAAUAUAAUCUUGAAAGCCCAAUAUUUUUUCCUGCCACAAGAGAUGCCUGAGCCGAAAGAGCUUGCUGCUGGAAUUGCUGAAACUGAACCGUCGACACGUUUAAAUUGGUAUCGUGAUUCAAAAGAGUGGAAGCCUUUUCAUCAUGAUGCUGCAGCUAUUAAACCUGAUAAAGCUAAAACACAAAAUUUUACAGUUGCUGUCUCAUUUGGAGCCGAGAGAGAAGCAGCAUUUGAGCAUGCAACUACAAAAACAGUUAUUUCAAUGCCACAACCAAAUGGUACAAUAUAUGUAUUUUCCAAAGAUGUAAAUGUGAUUUCGAGGCAUGGGAUUCUGCAGUUUUUUCUUGACGUAGGUGGACAGGUACCACCAGAAAAAUAUCAUUCAGAGGGUCGUAUUUCAAUUAUUGCAUGGGGAUGGGUUGAGCAAAAUCAAGUUUAG